GUUAGUAUUGGACAAAAAUAAAUACAUAGCACUUUCACGGUGAAUGUACUUUUUAUUCAUUUCUUAAAGUUCCAUGUUUCUCCAACAUAAAGUAGUACUAACAAUACUACACAGUCCCAAUGAAACCGAUAACUACUGUACUAUAUCAAAGUUGGAGCGACAUAAUGUAGAUUCUCGGUCACAUUUAACCUCAAAGAGCUGACAAAUGAUGUGGUUGAAAUAUCUAAAAUAGUAUGCCAUUUUUCAAUUAGUUUCGAGGAAAAAUAAAAAUGUUGCAUUCAACGGGUGAAUUAUCACCACAAGAUAUUUUGUCAGAAGUUAGGAAAUUCAUUUCCGGAGCUAUUAGACCAUCCCAUAGUACAAGUACCCUCGAUGUAACUCGAACUGCUUUAUCGUUGCUUCGUAAUGUACCUGCAGCAAGAGAUGCGGUACUUGAGUACUUUUGCAACGUCUUUUUUGUCGCUGUUACAAAAUAUGUUCGUCAAAUCGAAACAAAUCAAAAUUCGGUAAUUUGUGAGGAGAGCAUCAUAGCAGAAAUCCAUGCUGUUUUAAGUAGUUUUAUUAAUGGAAAUCCAGAGGCAUGGGCACCAAUCAUUUCAGCAUGGUCAUUGGAAUUACUAGGUAAAUUGUCUUCUGAUUACGCAAAGCGUGGAAACUUGCCUGUCAAUGCUGGGAUUAAUGAUUUUCUUCAACAAUGGAUGUCUUGCCGUGCUACUCGUACAUUAAUCGACAUUACUGCUCAAUGCCUUCAAUGUCUUAUGCAUUCUGAUACAGAAUCUUGUAUUAAAGCAUUAUUGGAUACCAGUGUAUUGCAUAGUCCUCACUUUGACUGGGUGGUUGCUCAUGUAGGAAGCUGUUUUCCAAACACAGUUAUUACCAGAGUACUGUCUUGUGGUUUAAAAGACUUCUGUGCCAUGGGCUAUGAACAUAAUGUCAAAAAUCCUAAAUUGAAUUCAGUUGUUGGAAUUCUGGGUCACUUGGCCAGUAGUCAUUUUCAGGAUAUAAGAACAGCAUUACUGGAUCUGUUCAAAUGGAGUUUGGAUGAAGAUAUGAGCGUUGACGAGGAUACAAAAAAGCAGAAAUUAGCUACUGUUCCGUUUCUCCUAAAUCUGGCAUCUCUUUCGCAAACUCUUUUAAAAGCAAUAACCAGCGAUGUGUUACAAACGUUGAAACCGGAUAUAAUUCCACAAUUGGCUCUGUUUGCAUCAGACUGGUGUAAAUACUUUGACAAGCAGCCAGAAGCUUUGAUAGACUUGACUGUGCACUUAAUCUUAGGAUGCGAACAAGGGGCGUCGCAAAUAAUAAACAUUUUAUUGGACACUGCUUUAAACACAAGCAAUGUUGGUUACCAUAGCGUUAACGCAGCACAAAGUGUGAAAAGCGUUUGCAGCGAGAUAUUGGAAUUGGUGUUGGAAGAAAUCGAUCUCCUGUUAAGGACACACGGGCCGCAGUCGGCAAACAUUGCUUUAUUGGGCUCUAUCAAGCAAGAAUUGCCUGUAAUAUUGCCAUUACUUCUAAAUCAAAAUCCUCUAAGAGUUCAAACAGCCGUCAGGCUGCUGUGUUUUCUUGGAAGCCAAAGCGCUAACAUAUUAAUAUCUGCAGCUUCGUACAUGUUGGUUAAAGCGGUAACGACUUUUCAUCUUGCUGCUUUGAUACAUCUUGUUUCAAACAAUGUUGUAGUCUUCCCCUCGAAUAAAUCUGAAACAGAAAAUAUGUUAGCUAGUCACGGCUACUUUACCCAAGUAGUCGAACAAGCACUCAGGGAAAUAAAUUAUAAAAAUGUUAUGGAGAAACAAGAAAGGAGACAGUUCUUUCAGAAUCUUACCAUACUAUUAAAAUGGGAGAAAUCCGAUAAAGCAACGAUCUUCCGGUCAAAGAUGAUCACACAUGCUAUCAAGUCUAAUUUAUAUCAGAUCUCUUCCUUACUAACAAAGACAAAUGAUUUUGAACUAGCUAACGACAUUGCUAAAAUUUUGGACUUGUUCAGUACUCCGGAGAAAGACAAUUUUUUACCUAACGUGGAGCUUACUCUGAAAUUAACAAGAGCUGUGAUUCAGUAUUUCUUUUUAUGCAUAGCGGAAGAUGAUAUUACGAAAAAGCAGCAAGGUGUGAAAGUAGUGUGCCACUUACUGAAAGAUUUGACCUGUUAUUCACCGUGUGCUCGAGCUCUAGCACUGAGAGAAAUUUUGGGACACAGUAUCAACAACGAUCCUGCUAAAUAUUUUGGAGCUAAAGAAAAGUUUGAACCAAAAUUCGAGGAAAUGUUACUUUUACACCAGAAUCACAAACAGGUCACAAGCACAAUGUUAGCUCAAAAACAUUCUUCUGUAUUUCACGCUGGAGUGAUUGGUCACGGGCCACGACAAAUACCACCUGAAAACACAGUUGACAAAGAGAUUAUCGCACUAAAUAAAAUUUUAUUAAUAGACGUGAUAAAGGCUUGCUGCAGUAAUAGAGAAUCGGAACGAUAUCCUGUAAAUCUCGAUGCGUUGACGAUAGUUAGUUUACUGUUGGUUGAGAUAGUUUCGCCCGAUGUUAUGUACAAUGGACUACCAUGGCCUGAUGAAGAAUUUACCAAAGUCACCAUAGAAAGAGAUUUACAAAUCCGUCGAACAUUUAGAGAUGUCCCAUUGUUAUGGACAUUGUUGGAAUUAACAGCUUGGUACAGGCCAGCUUUAGCUUAUUGUUCAGUUUUAUUGAGAGGCAUUGCUGCCACUGUUAUGGCUAACUGGAAUACAGAAGCAGGUGUCUCGUUGGUAAGCGUCAUGGCACUCGGUCAAUUGCUACCGCCACCAUUGGCGAGUACAAGGGAUAUUUUGCCCGUUUUGGAGUCACAUCAGAUAAAUACUAUAAUGAAGGAGUGUGUAUGGGCUUAUAUGCGUGAAAAUAUCCCCUCGCCAGCCCUUUUCACACGUAGCGAUGGAGUCAAUAUAGCUUGGAGAGAUACAGACACAUCUACGCCAAACGCGCGAUUCACGGAAACACUUCGUUUAGUUCUGUUAGCUAAUAUUCAUACAUUAGGCCCACUUUAUGCUACCCUAUUUUACAAUGAAAACAAAUAAUUCAUCUAUCCGCCAACCGCGAAUUAUUUUCAUAUAUACAUAUACAUGUUCCUGUAAAUAAAUUUCUCAAUAAUUAUCAAAUAUGUAUAAUAUUAAAAGAAAUGUC